ACUCGCUCCAGAAAGAACGAUCCAGGAACUGACGGAGAGAAAAGGCCUGGGCUCCGGUCAGCCGCUGUAUCAGGUCUUCACCAGCUUCCGGCCCUGGACGGUGUGCGAUCGCUGCGGCGUUAGUGGGGAACAGAUCCGUGUGGGGCUCUGCUACGUCCGCUCACAGUUCCUCCAUGUACGCUACAGACGGGCCAAUGAGACGGUGGCUUCAUGCGGCUCAGGGGCGGUCCCCCGGACGUUUGGCGACCUGAAGAAAAGCAGAGUUGAGGCCAAGCUGGAGGUCAUGAGCUGUCAAGUGACGUGUCCACCUCGACCUCCGCCCUCCUCCAAACUCCUCGCUCUGAUGGCUCUUCUUGGGUUCAGUUCUGCCUCCGUGCCAGCAGAGGUACCAGUGUUCUACCUGAACCACCCUGCGGGCCGUGUCCUGACCCUGGGGUGCCCCGGAGCUCGAGCUAACAUGGCUGUAGCCUGGGACCGGGGGUCUGAACCCAUUUACCGAUCCGAACACUUGGCCAGUGGCAGCAGCGGCGCCGAGGCCUCCAGGGUGCAGAUAGACGCCGGACACCACCUCGUGUUCAAACCUGCGAAACUUCAGGACACAGGCGUGUUCUGCUGCUGGCUGCAGGGUCGUCAGGCCGCUCAGAUCCGCCUCCUGGUCUAUGUGCAUUUAGGGCGGGGCCAGUCUGUGACAUCGCACCCUGACUUCCUGACGGCUGUCAACACUGUGAUGACGUCUUAUGUUGCCAUGACGACCGUGUUCUUCCUGCUGGUGGUCGUCAGAGCUGGAGUCAGAUUCUUCGGAGACGCCGCUCAGACACAUGUGGAGUAG